UACAAGUAACUUGUUUUGAAUUUCUGUUCGUAUGGUACUAUAAUGGCACCAAUAUUCUUGAUCGAUUCAUAUUAUUAUUAGCUAUCUAUAAACAGGCACCUAUCUAUUAAAGUCUGAACUGAACAGUAGGUUACGUUUCAAUUUAAUAAGCAUAUUUUAGCGAUGGAAGGCUGGAAAAUAAUUACAUAUAACGUCGCGGUAUAUGUGUUUUUAUUUGAAAUACGACCUCUUGAAACAUAUUUAACAGCCUAUCUUACUGGACCUGACGGAAAUGUUUCACUUUCAGAGGUGGCUAACUCGAUGGAGUCAAUCAGAUCGUAUUCAGCACUCUCUGCAACUGUAAUAAUGUUAGCCGUUUCGGAAUACUUUUACAAACCGGCCAUCAUAGCCUUCACAGUUUGUUCAUUUAUUGCCUAUAUCCUUAUGUCAGGUUCAYCGAGUUUGACACAUUUGCGGUUAGGUGUGGCUGGCAUAGGAGCAUCAUCGAACGCCUACAUAUUGGGUUUCAGUUAUUUGUACAGUCAAAUCAGUGACAGGCAACUGUAUCAAAAGGCGACCAGCAUUGUCUCAGUCAGCUUACAGCUAGGCAUUUUCUGCGGUUCUGCACUUUCGCAAAUAAUUGCUAGCACGACUGGAGGAAUUUAUACAAUUCUACCGUAUUGCAAUGCAUUUGCUAUGUUCAUAGCUGUGAUUACCGCUUGUCUAUUUCCGGUGAAAAAAAAACAUUCUUUUCGAAUGGAGAAUGUGCUUAAUGAAAAUACCAGACUUCUCAAAAAUGGCUUAAAAAUUAAAACGGAGUUUUGUGAAAAAAAUAUCCUCAUAAUGCAAUCUAUCAAGUACAACACUGCAGCGGAUAAUACCUUCAAAGGACUAUUGUUCGAUUUUAAAACUUCAUACUCGAAUACGGUAGUGCUGAAACGGUCUAUUUGGUAUAUUAUCAGUAUGGGAUCACAUUUUCAGAAAAUCCUUGACAAUGAUCGUAUCUAUAAAGUUUGUGAUUUGCUCGAACGUAUUGUAAAAAAUUAUCAAAAUGUCAUGGAACCAGAUGAGGACUUAGCAAUAGAUGAGUCAAUGGUUCCAUUCCGUGGUCGAUUGAAAUUCAAGCAAUACAUACCKGGGAAGGCUCAUAAAUAUGGAGUGAAACUAUUUAAAAUAUGUGAAAAAAAUGGAUAUACACAUGAUUUACAAGUAUAUGCUGGUAAAAAUCAGGUAGAUGGUAAAGGUUUAGCACUUAGAGUUGUAAUGGAGUUAAUUAGACCUUAUUUAAAUGUAGGACGCACUGCUGUAGUUACAGAUAACUUUUAUACAUCCAUGCCAUUCGCUCGUGAUUUAUUGAAGAACAACACAUAUCUGGUAGGAACAUUGAGAACGAAUCGUGUGAAGUUACCUGAAGUUUUAAAAACAAAAUUKAAAAAAGGACAAAUAAUUGGUAAAGAAAGUACAGAUGGGGUGGUAGUGGCGAAAUGGCACGACAACGAGAUGUUGCAAUGUUGUCUACCAAACAUGGUAUUGAAAUGA